CAACAUCAUUAGCAUCAUAGAGCAACGCAUGGACCAGUGGGUUUGCCAGCACUGGCGGAGACAGGUUCUUCCAGCAGGAGGCACAAGCUCAAAAUGUGCACAUGUCAAAAGGAGACACAUGUGAAGGACUCAAUCAGCACUUGGCACUUGUGAAAGCGGCCUUUUGAUCUGCAAGCCCGAAGCAGCUGUGACAUUUGCAGAGGGACCGGCACAGAUACUCACCUUCAGCCGCUUUGCUCAGCCGCCGCUCUACGUGUUUGACCUUCGUUUGCCAUGGCCCUUGCCUUCACUGUUGGUGCCUCACCAGGGCCUGCUGUGGCCGUUGGUGACGUUACAACGCCAGUGAGGGGCUACAGACAGGAUGAUCACAGCGGCUUCAGCUCUGGGCCAAGCGGCGCCGGAAUUUGCCUGGGUGCUGCAGUGGCAUUGGUGGGAGCAGCCGGAAGGAGGUCCGAGGCGCGAACAGCCUGCCGUGCAGCUGCUGUGAAAAAGAAGGGCGUCAAGGUAGUGCAUGGCAAGGAGAUUCCAUGGAACCUCUUCUCGCCAAAGGCACCCUACAAGGGUGAGGUGGUGAAGAAUGACGUGCAGCCUCACACCCUCACUGAACAGACAGGGGACGCCAAUUGGGAAACCUGCCAUGUGACCUUCAACCAUGGCGGCAAGGUGCCUUACAUCGAAGGACAAUCAAUUGGCGUGAUUGCUCCAGGUCCUGACAAGAAGGGCGAGACACCUGCCAAGAUCCGUUUGUACUCCAUUGCGUCUUCCGCAGUUGGUGAUGACGAGAGCAGCAAGACGGUGUCAUUGUGCGUCAAGCGAGUUGUGGAAGUUGAUGGCAACUAUGCCAACCGAAAGGUCGGUGAGGACAAGCCCGACAAAGCCGGCACGAAUUUUCCUGAGAACAAGGUCUACCGUGGUGUUUGCUCCAACCACAUUUGUGACAUGAGCCCAGGCGAUGAGGUCCUCAUCACCGGUCCAACUGGUGCCGAGAUGCUUCUGCCUGAAGAUCCAGAGGCAAACAUCAUCAUGCUUGCUACAGGGACUGGCAUUGCGCCGAUGCGAUCCUACUUGCGCUUGCUGUUCAAUGAUAAAGCUGGCGCACAACAGGGUCUGAAAGCCAAAGUUGGCAGCUUGCUCGGAAAGCCAGCAGCUCGGAAGUUCAAAGGCCUGGCAUGGCUCUUCAUGGGGGUGCCAUACUCGAAGUCUUUGCUUCACGAUGAUGAGCACAAGGUGUACAAGGAGAAGUUCCCCGACAACUUCCGAUAUGACUAUGCUGUGAGCCGUGAGGACAAGAAUGAAGCAGGGCAGAAGAUGUACAUCCAAACCAAGAUGGCAGAGUAUGCGGAUGAGCUGUGGGAGCUGAUGCAAAACGAGAAGACCCACGUCUACAUGUGUGGCCUUAAAGGCAUGGAAAGCGGCAUGGCUGAAUGCUUUGGGCCAAUCGCAGAGAAGAACGGCAAGGUGUGGGCUGAAUUUGCGAAGGCCAUGAAGAAGGCUGACCGCUACCAUGUGGAGGUCUACUGAGAGGCUUUUUAACACAGCAAGAUCAGCAAGAAGCAGACAGGCCAGGUGGGAAUACAGUAUUACAGUGCGAUGGCGCUGCAGUGUGAGGCCUUCUUAUCCUUCAAGCAUCCAAACAAAUUGGGUGCAUUUUUUCACUAUGGAAUGACUGAAUGACUAGCAGCCAGUGCGGCCGCUAGUUUCAGACAGCUUUGCGGCCAAGGUCAGCUUUUCUGGUUUGCAACAAUGGAAAAAUGGGUAUGAGCUUGCAUGUCUGUUUGGCCCGGCUCUCGUUCUACGUAGAUGCUUAGUUUAUGUUGGAAUCUGGAAACCAAACAAUUCUUAAUUCAAGUGAUCCACGAUCAAUGUUUUUGUACACUGUGGAUUCACACUGCCUAGGCUAGAUUUGCGCUGGUGUUUAUUUCGGUGUGUUCACUGCUCGCAGAGAGGACCGGCCAUCCACUGCUGGCCGCAGGUCCACUAGGUCAUGACAUUGGGAGAGCUGAUAUACUGAAGGGUCUCAGCAGCUUUCCGGAGUGUUGAGCCAGUGGGCCUCUGACUUUGUGCAUUGCGUGGUGGCACAGCCUCC